CUGAAGCAAGUGGUCGGUGAUCUCUUAAAUCUUCUGGUCUGAAUUUUUGAAAAAUUAUAAUGGUACAAAAACUGCUCUUCACGAUGACUGUCAUCAUCUCUGAUUUUCUACCCAACACUCUUCAAGCGGCAGUGCCCGCGCUAUCUCCAGGAGAAAUGGGAUCUGAUGUGAAAUUUUUUACUGAAACUGGCAUUUGGGUCAAAGAUGUAGCUGAACCUGAGGAAUAUUUCCCUGAAGAUGAGGGAUUUAUUGAGAUGCCAAAAGAGAGUGUGGCACCAAAAGUGAUCACACUCACUAGCACCACAACCAAAGCUCCUGAAAUAAAAUUGGGAAGAAAAUUGCUUGGCCUAUCUAUUGACGAUGAGCCCGACAGCGACAAUAAAUGGCCGCCAAGAACACUGAGAAGAACACCACUUGAUGCAAUUAAGCAACGCCACAAAGAAGUUAAUUUUUAUUAUCGCAGUCAUUUUAAAAAAACUAGCGGCGAGACCUCGUCAUUGAAGAACAAUAAGAAUAAUGCAAAAAAGACCGUUGCUAAAAUUUUCAAACCACCAACCUCUUCUCGUAAACAAUUACUGCGAAGACGUAUUCGGUCAACUUCAAUCAAGCCAGUCGCUCUUGGACAGGUCAAAUUGCCCACAACCACCGAUGCCACCACGUUGACGGACAAAAAGGUAAAUACGUCGUCGUUUUCAUCAACAUCACUCUCGAUCGGGACAGGCGGAGCAAACACACACAUCAUGUUCAUUCCAUCCAGAACGACUACAAAAGAGCCGAGCACGACUACUUCUUCCACAACCGAAAUUUCCACAUCAGAAGAACCUGCCCGACCUGCAAAUCCAACAGAACCCUCAAAACCUUGCAAAAACCCAAAGGAGAAAAAAGAAGAUUUGGCCGAUGAGAAAAUUUUAGAGGGCAGCGGUGGAGGCGCGCCGAGCGAAGACGAUUGCUUGCACGAACCUACGGUUCUUCCAAUUAUUAUUCCGAACGAUUGGUAA